AUGUAUCUGACUCUGCUUGAAGAGUCAAUGGGAUGCGUGCUAGGGCAACACGAUGAAACUGGUCAGAAAGAAUAUGCUAUUUACUAUAUGAGUAAAACGUUUAUCGAUUAUGAAACUAAAUAUUCACUCUUGGAGAAUACUUGUUGCGCUCUAGCAUGGGUCUCUCGUCGUCUGAGGCAGUAUAUGAUCUGCUAUACUACUUUGUUGAUCUCGAAAGUGGAUCCAAUAAAGUACAUAUUCGAAAAACUUGCCUUGACUGGAAGACUUGCCUGUUGGCAGAUGCAUUUGUCGGAGUAUGACAUCCAGUAUGUAACCCAUAAGGAUAUCAAGGGAAGUGUGUUGGCAGAGUACCUUGCUCAUCAAUCAGUUGAAGAUUAUCAGCCAUUGAAAUUUGACUUUCCUGACGAGGAUAUUAUGGUGAUAAAAGAUUGUGAGAUCCCAGGCCCUAAGGAAGGACCCGAACUGGGAUCUCGAUGGAAGCUAGCGUUUGAUGGUUCCUCCAACUACAGUGGUCAUGGUGUGGGAGUUGUUCUGAUGAAUCUAAAAGGUGGUUAUACCCCCCUUUCACUGCAAGGUUGUGCUUUGAUUAUACAAGCAAUGUCGUAG